AUGCACCCCAGGAACAACAGCCAGACUCAGCCUUUCCUGCUGGCAGGCCUUCCCGGGUCGGCUCAGUUCCACCACUGGGUGUUCCUCCCUUUUGGUCUCAUGUACCUGCUUGCAGUGCUGGGAAAUGGCACCAUCCUGCUGGUUGUGAGAGUGCAUCGCCAGCUCCACCAGCCCAUGUACUAUUUCCUUUCGAUGCUGGCCACCACAGACCUGGGCCUGACUCUGUCCACCCUGCCCACCGUGCUGCGCGUCUUCUGGUUGGGUGCCACGGAGAUCAGCUUCCCCGCCUGCCUCAUCCAGAUGUUCUGCAUCCACACCUUCUCCUUCAUGGAGUCCUCAGUGCUCCUGGCCAUGGCCUUUGAUCGCUACGUGGCCAUCCGCUGCCCACUGAGGUACUGCUCCAUCCUCACCAGUGCCAGGGUAGCACAGAUUGGGUUGGGGAUCAUCUGCCGAUGCACGUUGUCCCUUCUCCCAUUGAUCUGCCUCCUGACGUGGCUGCCUUUCUGCAGCUCACGUGCGCUUUCUCACCCCUACUGUCUGCACCAGGACAUUAUACGGCUGGCGUGCACAGAUGCCACCCUGAACAGCCUGUACGGCUUCGCCUUGGUGCUGGUCGCAAUCCUGGACUUUGUUCUCAUUGCACUGUCCUACGUCAUGAUCUUCAGGACUGUGCUAGGCAUCGCCUCCAGGGAGGAGCGGGCCAAAGCCCUAAACACCUGCGUCUCUCACUUCUGUGCUGUCCUUAUCUUCUACAUCCCUUUGGCUGGGCUGUCCAUUAUGCAUCGGUAUGGAAGGAAUGCUCCACCUAUUAGCCAUGCUGUCACGGCCAAUGUCUACCUCUUUGUCCCACCUAUAUUGAACCCAAUCCUCUACAGCAUGAAAAGCAAGGCUAUUUGCAAAGGCCUCCUGGGGCUCCUGUGUCGGAGAGCAGCCUGGCCUGGCCGUGCCCAGAGCUGUUAG